AUGGCCUCCACACUCUCCUCCCUCCUCAGCCGCACCACCCUAACCGACCACGACGAAAUCCUCAGCGCCGCCAAUGCCGUCCUCAAAAGAUCAAAAGGCGACGCCGACGCCCAACACGUCAAAGCGGUCGCCUUACUAAAACUCGACCGCUUCGAUGACGCACUGCGAGUUUUCGAGGCGGGUGGAGAUGCGCUGAAGGAGCGGGCGAGGCUUGGGUACGCUUAUACGCUUUACAAGAGCGGGAGGCCUGAGGAAGCGGCAGAGGUUGCGGACCAUGAUGGCGCAGAGAGGGGCCUAAGACACCUGCUCGCGCAGGCGACGUACAGGGCCGAGAAGUUCGAGCGCGCGCGGGAGGUCUAUGGGCAGCUGGGCGGGAGAGAAGCGCAGGCCAGGGGCGAGGAGAACGACAUCAGGAUCAAUGCUGGGGCUGUGGAUGCGCAGCUAGAGUGGGCGGGCAUGGGAGAGCUGGUGCAGAAGAAGAAGCCGGUGAGGGAGGACCUGGAGGCGUUUGAGACCGCGUAUAAUGCCGCUUGUGGGUGCAUUGCUAGAGGGGAGCUGGGACAGGGAGAGGUGCUGCUGAAGAGGGCGAGGGAUCUGUGUAAUGCGCUGGAGGAGCUCACGGAGGAAGAGAAGGUGGCGGAGAUAAUGCCGAUUACGGUGCAACUGGUUUAUGUGCUGUGUCGGCUGGGUAAGAUGGAGGAGGCGGAACGAUUGAGUUCGACGAUACAUAUACCUGAUAUACCUGACCUUUCGACCCGACAUAUCGCCCAAGUCAAUGCCUUGUGUUCGUCUACGGAAUCUACAAACCCGUAUCUCUCACAGCGCCUGUUCAGCAAUACGCCCAAACUCCCUGCAUCAGACCGUCUAUUCACCUACCAGUCAUCCACACUCCGCCAAAAUGCCUAUACUAUGGAUCUUCUCACCCUUAAAACCUCCGGCGUCGCCAAAUCCACCUCCGAGUUCCUUUCCUCCCAGACGGAUCUACCCACCUCCGCCAGCAUAGCAACCAUCUCCGUUCUCAACGCCGCCGCAACCGCGAAUCUCCAAAGCGGCAAACCGGGCAUUAAAGCUAUGCUCCCUCUCCUGGAAAAGCGUCCUAACGACGUUGGGCUCGUCCUCACAAUCAUCCAACUCUACCUCAAAGACAACAACAACAAUGGCGCCGCGCUCACCCUCCUAACCACCUUCCUCAGCCGCCUCGAAGCCUCCGGCACACCCACCGACCUCGAAACUCGCUACACGCCCGGUCUCGUCAGCACCCUCGUCGCGCUCUACAACCUCCAAGGCCGCAGUGCAGCCAUGCGGACUGAGCUUGCGAACGCGUCGUCCUAUUGGCAAACCCACAGUGAAUCCUCGCGUCCACCCUCCUCCCUCCUCCGCGCCGCUGGCUCCGCCCUCCUCGCCUCCCACGACCCGACAGACCUUCGAAAAGCAGGCGAAAUCUUUGAAAGUCUGCUAGAAGCGGACCCGACCGACCGCCUCGCGACCGCCGGCCUCAUCGCCGCUUACGCGACCACCUCACCCGAAAAGAUCAAGCAGACGCACCUUGACGCGCUCCCCCCUGUCGCGCGUCUAACCGCCGACAGCGACGCCGCAGCCCUGGAAUCCGCAGGCGUUGCCCGCCCCGCCGCUGCGGCUCUGGGCCCUGUGUCAGCGAAACGGACCGCGCCACAGAAGGAGAAACAAAGCAAAGCGAAGAAAGUGCGCAAGAGCAGGAUCCCGAAAGACUUUGAGGAGGGGAAGAAGGUCGACCCCGAGAGGUGGCUCCCGAUGCGCGAGAGGAGUUAUUACCGACCUAAGGGACGGAAGGGGAGGGCGAGGGCGGCGGGGUUGACGCAGGGGGGUGUGGUUGUUGAGGAGAAGGCGGGAAGUAGGUCUGAGACGCCGACGCCUGCAGGCAAGAUUGCCGGCGGGGGUGGUGGACCGGGGAAGCAGAAGCAAAAGAAGAAGGGGAAGGGGGGGAAGUGGUGA